AUUGGAAUUGCGUGUACUUAAAAUGGGUUAGGAAUUUAUUACAAUUAAAAAUAUAUGUAUCUAUAUUUUCUUUGUUAUUUUGUACGACAAUGUUCCUACAGAACUAAAGAUGAGUCUCGUUCAUUUUCUGGCUACUUGCUAAUUGAAUAAUCGAUGAACAAAGCAGAUUUGUGACUCCUCACUGGAAACAGCUGUUCCAUGACAAAUUAAGCAUACGACCUGUUUAAAUAGAGUUCAAGUUUAUGGAAACUGAAUUUAUUAGCCACCAACUGCAUUGUUUUUUGCAUUAAAACUAUAUUUUAGAAUUCAAACCAUUUUUGUCAAUUAUCAUAUAAUAAGUUAGUUUACAAACAAUUGAAUAAUUUAAAAUCUCAAAGGGCUUAAAAACACUUCAGUGAGUUCUUGACUGUGGAUUGAGCUACGAAUUAAAAAAAAACAAUUUCAGACUAAGCUCAAAUUCAAAUUCGUUUCGAUUAAGAACAACUACAAAUCUCUUCAAAUGUGUGUGUGUGUGUGUGAGACUUUUAAAAUACCAAACCUAUUUUCGAAAUCGCACGCCCAUUGGGACGACACUUUGUUUGCAAAUUACCCAAAUCGAAUAUUUUAUUUAUAGUUUUUGGCUUAGUCUAUAAUCGUCACGAGUAUUUCCGUACUUGAAGGCUGCGAAAAUUAAAUGGCAUGUCGAUAGCCUAUUAUCAAAGAACUCGCCAAAGUAAAUGCAAAUUACUUGGCUGUUGACUUGUGGCGAGUUCUUUUUACGAACCGCGUCGAAUUUCCCAUUUGCGGUUUCAUCUCAAUGGCACAUUGUGCGGUCAAAUCGGGUUGGAAAAUAGCAAACAAAAAUUGAGGUGUUGACUUCGUCUACAUUAAAAAAAUCGAUCUUGAAGUAUCAGAUACCAUUAGAUAUCCACAUAGUCGCCCAGCGUGAGCCAUGCCAACACAAAACAGCGCGAUGUGGGGCCAAAAAAGCAAUCGCAAAUUAAUUAUCGGUAUUUUCGGCUUCUGCCUGGGACUAUUUGGCAUAUUGUGCGGACUGUUCUGGGCGGACCUGUUCAGUUGGAUCAUGCAGAGGGAAAUGGCUCUGGCGCCCAACACACGUGUAUACGAGAAUUGGAAAACUCCGCCUUUGGAUCUAAGUCUGGAUAUCUACCUCUACAACUGGACGAAUCCGGAGGACUUUGGCAAUUUCUCCACAAAGCCCAUUUUGGAGCAAGUGGGUCCAUAUCGCUUUACCGAGCGACCCGAUAAGGUGGACAUCCACUGGCAUCCCGAAAACGCAUCCGUAAGCUAUCGCAGACGCAGUUUGUUCUAUUUCGAUGCGGAGGGCAGCACAGGAAGUCUGGAUGAUAAAAUUAACACCCUCAAUGCUGUGGCUCUGUCCGCAGCUGCCACCGCGAAAUACUGGCCUUCACACAAGCGCACCUUGGUCGAUUUGGGUCUUAAGAUGUACGGUGCCGAAAUGUCUGUCCAAAAAUCAGUAGACGAACUUCUCUUCACCGGAUACAGCGAUAUGAUGAUCGACGUGGCCAUUGCCAUGCCCAUUUUCGGUGAUGAGGUGAAGGUCCCCUUCGAUAAAUUCGGUUGGUUCUAUACGCGCAAUGGAAGCGCCGACCUCACCGGAGUUUUUAAUGUCUUCACGGGCGCUGAUAAUCUCUCCAAAUUGGGUCAAAUGCACGCAUGGAAUUAUCAGGAAAACACUGGAUUUUACGAUUCCUAUUGCGGAAUGACCAAUGGAUCUGCCGGAGAAUUCCAGCCACAGAAUCUCAAGCCCGGCGAUAGUGUCGGCUUAUUUACGCCGGAUAUGUGCCGCACGAUUCCGCUGGAUUAUGCGGAAACGGUAGAUAUCGAAGGUCUACAGGGUUACAAAUUUUCUGGAGGACCUCGUUCUGUAGAUAAUGGCACUCGUUAUCCUGAAAACCUUUGCUAUUGUGGUGGCGAAUGUGUUCCUUCGGGAGUGAUGAACAUCAGUUCCUGUCGCUUUGGAUCUCCUGUUUUCAUGUCCUAUCCGCAUUUUUUCAAUGGAGAUCGUUACUAUGUUGACCAGGUGGAAGGUUUAAGUCCCAAUCAGAAGGAUCACGAGUUCUAUAUGGUAGUGGAGCCGAAAACUGGAAUUCCCCUGGAGGUGGCUGCCCGAUUUCAGGUCAACAUGCUUGUGGAACCAAUCGAUGGCCUCGCCUUGUACACAGAAAUACCCAAGGUAUUCUUCCCACUCAUAUGGUUUGAGCAAAAAGUGAGAAUCACUCCGGAAAUGGCUGAUCAAUUGAAAGUGCUGCCGAUUGUCCUGCUGUCCGGACAAAUCUUCGCCGGAAUUUGCCUUGCUACUGGAUUAAUACUCCUGUGCUGGGGACCAGUUCAAAAUUUGGUGUCAGCUUGUCGGAAUCGUAGAUACGAUCUGAAAACCCAGACCAAAACUAAUGGUCAGUACAAGAGCCGCUCCCAAUUCUCCAGUGCCGAGGAACUCAAGUCCAAGGCCUCUACUUUGGUCUGCGAAAAGAGUGUCAAAGGAUCUCCGGACAGUUCUCCGCUCCUCGAAAAAAGCCGGAAGCCAAACAUCAUCAAAUCGCAAACGGUUGAGAGUGUGGCCACUGCCUCCACAGCCAUCAGCGAUAACAAGCAGGAUUGAAGGAUUGAAGGGUCUCCCUUUACAUCCACGCCAUCUAGAUAGUUAAGCCGUCCUAGUGCUUUAGUCGUAGCUCAUAGUUUAGAGGCACUCUAAAAAAUAUCCAACUAAAAACUGCAACCAUUCCCGUGACUAUGCCAAAGAUUAGAUAGCCUACGAAGUCCAACCAUGUGGCGAUCUUCGCUUAGCUAACGAAUACUCUUUUUACAUUCCUUAGUUAUUAGAUAUGUUUUGUAUUUAAAUGUUUUCUUGACCAAUUGUGUGUGAGUCAAAUAAAAUAUUUUUUAUUAAUUAAAAAAAAAA